UAAUUAAAGUAACUAAUAAUACAGAAAUAACAAUGACAACAAAUUCUGACCGUCGUGUUGCCUUGAUAACCGGCAUUACUGGGCAAGAUGGCUCAUAUUUGGCUGAAUUUCUAUUAGAAAAAGGGUAUGAAGUACAUGGAAUAAUUCGAAGAGCCAGUUCUUUCAAUACUGGCAGAAUUGAACAUCUUUAUGCUGAUCCAAAAAGUCAUAGACAAGAAAAAAUGAAAUUGCAUUGGGGUGAUAUGACUGAUUCCAGUAGUUUAGUCAAAGUUAUUGCAACUGUCCAGCCAACCGAAAUUUAUAAUCUAGCUGCUCAGAGUCAUGUUAAAGUGAGUUUUGAGCUAAGUGAAUAUACAGGCGAAGUUGAUGCAAUUGGUACAGUUCGACUAUUAGAUGCAAUAAGAACUUGUAAAUUGGAGAAAUCUGUAAAAUUUUAUCAAGCAUCUACCUCAGAACUUUAUGGUGGAAAAAUUUCUACCAUACCGCAAAGUGAAACAACACCUUUUUAUCCCAGAUCUCCUUAUGCUUGUGCGAAAAUUUAUAGCUACUGGAUAGUUGUAAAUUAUCGAGAAGCCUAUGGUCUAUAUGCGUGCAAUGGAAUUCUAUUUAACCAUGAAAGUCCUAGAAGAGGAGAAAAUUUUGUUACAAGAAAAAUUACUCGGAGUAUAGCUAAAAUUCAUUUAGGCUUACAAGACUUCCUGGAACUUGGUAAUUUAGAUGCUAAAAGAGAUUGGGGCCAUGCCAAAGAUUAUGUGCAGGCAAUGUGGAUGAUGCUGCAGCAAGAAACACCUGAAGAUUAUGUUAUAGCAACUGGUGAAAGUCAUAGCGUUCGAGAAUUCGUCGAAGAAGCUUUUCGAUAUAUUGGAGUUGAUAUUAUUUGGGAAGGUGAGGGUGUUGAUGAAGUUGGACUUGACAAGAGUAAUCGAAAAAUUUUAGUACGGGUUAAUCCUAGAUAUUUCCGUCCUACUGAAGUGGGAAUGCUUCUUGGAGAUGCUACUAAAGCUAAAGAGAAAUUUGGUUGGAAACCAUCUAUCACAUUUGAAGCAUUAGUUAAAGAUAUGAUGAAGGCAGACUUAGAGUUGAUGAAAAAAAAUCCAACUGCUUAAUUAAAGCCAGUAUUACGCACAAUUUUAAGAAUUAAGUCAUUCCUGAGGCUUUUAUAAUUAAGUGCAACUAUACUGAAAUUUAAAAAUGAAUGUCCAUAAUCAAAGUGUUAACUAUUUUAUAAAUAUAUAUGUAUAUAAAUAUAGAUAAAGAGCAUCUGUAC